AUGUACGUCCACAGAGAUCAGAGGAGGAACUCCCAGCCCAAAACCUUCCAUGAGAGCUCAGAGCUCACUCUGCUUCCUCCCAGACCAAGAUCCUCUGGACACACAGGGCUUUCCUCCAGAUCUGAGCUGCUGGGUCUGCAAGUGCGGGGGUUCUGCUGUCCCCUCCAGCAGAGGCCCAGCAGCGGGAGGACGACACACAGGGUGAGCCGAGGGGGAGGAGGGGGGAGCCUGACACUGCUGAACAGUCUGACAGGGAGGCUGGAGAGCGGAGAAAAAACAGAGACCAGGUCCAUGACUGGGAGCAUACCAGAGGCGGCCUCAGGAGGUGGAGAAUCCAGCAUGUGUCCUCGCAGAGAUUCAGUCAGUGAAACAGCAGAAACACCCACAACCCCCUGCAUGGAGAGGCCGGGUCUACACGCACAGCCCGGCGCCGCCACGAAGAUGUCAGAGCUCCAUUUGUAUCUGCCUUCAUCACUCAGUGAUGAUGAGGAGCAGGACGUGGAGACAGCAGAGAUGAGGACUUCAGCAGAAGACACAAAUCCUCUGGUGUUUCCCAAACCUCCACACACCCAUCAGGAUGAGACCCACACAGGACCCACACUCCACCCAACACCUCCUGAAACCAUCACAGAGGAGGACCCUGAGCACAGCUGAGGCGUGAAGGGUCAAAGACAGCAGAGCUUCCAGCAGAUAACAGAUCGAGCUAACCUGACCCCAAGGAACCUUCACAUGUUCAUCAGGACAGAAAGCAGUGAUGGGAAACCAGAGCUCUGCUGAUAAGGUCUGCAGCUGGAGGCCCCACACAUGACAAGAAAACACAGACUUUGGGGAACAUAAGAGCAUGUGUGUGUGUGUGUGUGUGUGUG